GUCAGCUGUAGCAGCAGCUCUCUGUGACAGCAGCUCUCUGUGACAGCAGCAGCAGUCAGCAGCAGUCAGCUGUAGCAGCUCUCUGUGACAGCAGCAGCAGUCAGCUGUAGCAGUCAGCUGUAGCAGCAGCUCUCUGUGACAGCAGCAGCAGUCAGCUGUAGCAGUCAGCUGUAGCAGCAGCUCUCUGUGACAGCAGCAGUCGCCUCGCGAUUCCUGGAGGCGCAGAAGCAGCACAGAGCGCAGCACCCAGAGACUCGAGUCGGGGGAUACGGGGCAGCCGCACGCACAGAGACAAGAUACAGAGACAAGACGCACACAGAGACAGACACAGAGAGAGACAAGAUACAGAGACAAGACGCACACAUAUAGACACAGAGACAGACACAGAGACAAACAAGACGCACACACAGAGACACAAGAUACAGAGACAAGGCGCACGCAGACACAAAGAGGCAGCGCGCCAUGGAUCCGUUCCGCAGGGCAGCCCACGAGGAGAUGGAUGAGAGGCCCCUCACGAUGGACGACGACGAGGAGGACGACGACGAGGGGGAGGAGGACGAGGAGGAGAGGCGAAGCGACCUGGCGGGGCCUGCGGUGAGAGGCCCGUAUUCUCGGGUCGAGCCACAGCUGAGCCUCUCUCGUCCGCAAGACAGGCCAGAAGAGGGGGACGACGCCGCGAGGGUGGUGGACGGCACACGGAGCGUGCUGAGCCUCAAGGCCGUGCGCGCCCUGCUGGGCCUGGUGGCCGUUCUCGCCAUCGCGUUUGCCGGUGUGCUCGCCGCUCUCAUCGUCAACAUCAAGGGCAAGGUGCCGCCGCCCGUGUGCCAGACUGAUGUGUGCGUCAGCGACGCGAGGCUCAUGCUCAACUCUAUGGAUCCCACCGUGGAACCGUGCCAGGACUUCUACGCGUACGCGUGCGGCGCUUGGCAACCCAAUGAGCGGUUGCCCGGGGGUACCGCCAGCUGGAAUCAACGCAACGUCACGUGGAACGGCAAUCUCAAGUUCCUGCGCGACAUCUUGGAAAAUGUCACCUUCUCCGCUGAUCAGUCGUCAAACGCCGACGCACAGACGUUCUACCGCGCGUGCAUGAACCAGGGGCGCAUCGCCGAGCAGGGCGCCCAGCCCCUGCGUGACCUCAUGGACGGACUCGGCGGCUGGAUGCCGACACCCAACAAGACCACUAAUCUCACCGAGUUGUUGACCAACACCACCCUAAACUUCCUGUUGCCAGCGCUCUUCAAUGCCCACGUGGUGCAGAGAGGCUCCAAGGAUAAGCUCUUUCUCGAGCUUUCGCACCCGGAGCUCGGGCUUCCCUCGGAGUACUUGACGAGCAACGCGACCCCGCAAGCCCUCAAGGUGCGGGCCACUUAUCUGCACUACAUGGUGCGCUCGGCCGUGCUGCUGGGCCAGAGCCUGGGGGACGCGCGGCAGCACAUGCAGGAGGUGCUGAGGUUCGAGUCGACGCUGGCCUCCAUCGUGGCCCGGACUCGGGACCCUGCCGAGCCCAGCGAAGUGACGUGGGAUCGCUUGCAAGCCAUUGCUCCAUUCAUCAACUGGCAAGCGUAUCUGCACAAGGGAAUUCCAGGCGGCUUUCCUCAGGAGGCGGGGCUCCUCGUGUCCUCCACAGCUUACUUCGAAAACCUCACCUCGCUCCUCAACCACACGGACGCUACCGUCGUGAGCGGCUACGUCCUCUGGCGGCUGGUGCAAGCGAUGUCCCCCGCGAUGGACGACAGCUUCAGCGCCCCUCACCGACAGCUGCAGGAUGCCGUGGCCAACGCGCAGACGAAUUACAGUGCGGCACGCUGGGAGUUCUGCAUGGAGAAGACGAACUGGGCCAUGCCCUACGCCCUGGGCGACAUCUUCUUCUUCGCGACGCGCCUCGAGCAGACGACCGAUGAUGUGAAAGAAAUCAUCAACAAUGUCCGCUUCUCGUUCCAAACCACUCUGACGACGCUGACCUGGAUGGACAACAAGACGCGGGACGAUGCCCGGGACAAGGCGAGCGAGAUGAAGCCCUUGGUUGGAGCUGAGAAUAAAUUUAGUGACCCAGGCUGGAUCAACAGCUUUUACGCUCAGAUCACACCGGAUGAGAACUCUUUCUUUAACACGAUGGUGAACUACUACAAGUACCUGGCCAAGAAAUCACUGGAGCAGCUGUCUUUAGGCUUAAACACCAACCGCAACCUCUUUCCACCGCAGGAGGUGGAGAGUCGUUACCUCUACACAGACAACCGCAAUAAGCUGUUCGUGCCCAUGGGGAUUCUACAGCCACCCUUCUACGACCUCCUGCAGAAGAGAUAUCUGCGGUAUGGAGCCAUUGGGUCCGUCAUCGCCAGACAGUUUCUGCAUGGGUUCUAUGGUGAAGGGAGCCAGUAUGAUGCGAGCGGCGUCCACAAGCCGUGGUGGAGGAACGCGACGUGCGAGAAGUUUGAGGAGCGGGCGCGCUGCCUGGAGCAUCAGUACGGGAACUACUCGAGCGGCGGGCUCGCCGUGAACGGCACGCGCACGCUGGCGGAGAACGUCGCCGACAACGGAGGCCUCGACACCGCCCUGCAUGCCUAUGAGGACUGGAUCGCCAAGAACGGAGAGGAGCCACAGCUGCCCUUCCUCGGCCUGAAUGCUCGACAGACGUUUUUCGUCAGCUUUGCUCAGUCCCUGUGCUCCGCGGAGACGCCGGAGCACCUGCGGGAGACGCUGGCGACAGCCCCCACCAGCCCGUCUCGCUUCCGUGUGCUGGGGGUCCUUUCCAACUCCGCCGAGUUCUCCAAGGCCUUCGCCUGCCCCCAGGGCUCCGCCAUGAACACGGAGAAGAAGUGCCGCGUGUGGUGAAGGUGCCCGUGGGAAUGGACAGCGGCGGCUGCGGGAGCAGCGUGCCGUCCCGCCACGGCACGUCUGCUUCGAGUCGGCUUGCUGUUGCCACUCGGUCCAAUGAGCCCAGACCAGAUAUAUUACUUGUCGGUACCACCUGAAGCAGCAGCGCUUCCGUGGGUUACAAUUUGUGUGCCCAAUGACUGAAGUGAUAACCAUUCGUAAUGAGUGGGUUAUCAAAUAAUCCACUCGUAUUGGCAGCAUAAAAACGUUGGCAUGUUACCUUGGGUGGUACAAAUUUUUGCUCUUGGCCAUGGAUUAACACUCAACCCAUUUCGAUUGGUUAUAAUUAACCGUAUUUGUGAGGUAUUGCACAUCUCAAAAGAUUAAACACAGACGGCCAAUCGUGCCACCAAAUCAAGAGGUUUUAAUCCUUGUUAGGCCUCGCCAAUACAAUUGGCUUAAACGUGUUACUUUGAACCCAAUUAGGAAAUGCUCUUUUAUACGAGCAGUCAUUUUUAUACUGAUUCUUGUGUUUAAAAUAAAACACAUUCGAUAACUUUUUAAAGAAAUGCAAUAGGGGCAGUGAUUGUUCCCUCGGUUGGAUGACGUCUUCGAGCGCCGUCGACCCCGAACCCCGUUGAACUGGCACGGCUUCCCCGCUCCCCGACCACAGCAUCGUGCCUUCCGCGGCAGCACUCUCUCGCAGCUACACAUUUUGAACAUGCGUGGCAGAGGCUUCGCUGUCGUUUUCCCCGAGAGCAUUUUAUCCACAUUUUUGGACGUUAAUGUGUAGAUGCACAUCAACGUGUUUGUUCCGUUAACGUAGCUGUAGUCAAGUUGUAAUGCUCUUUAGUAUAAGGCGUAACAUUUAAGAUAAUUUGCUAUAUAUUUAGUGAGUUGAUUACGCGCAACUGUGUGUUCUCAAACUGUGCUUUAAACGUUGAUGCUGUCACAGAUUCGAUUGGCUGGUACACACAUCACCCCCACGAGUCAUAGGGCAUCGAUUUUGCUUGGGACAGGAGGAGGGUUCUUGGCAAACAGGAGGGAAGUGGAGCGUUGCGUAGGCUUCCCACGGUCGGUCAUUGGACCCCAGAUAUUCGGUCGUGGGUCGACGCUGCCCCACGGAUUGCCCGAAAACCGAAGAGACCAAUGGUUGGAGGCAGUGCGCGCACGUGGCCUUACUUGGUGGUGGUGUAGUCGUAGUUAUCGCUGCAUGUGAACGGUACGUUUCAUCAAUUGUUUUAUUUCGUUUUUAUUUGUUAUCGUUGUCAUUGCUGGAUAAUCGUUUAGCCGCCUGUGUUUCACUCGUUUGCUUUGGUUUGUUGUUGUGUUCAGAAAUGUUUCAAAACCUGCACCUUAGUGAGCAGCCCCACGCCCGUUUACGCCCAACAACAUCCUAGCCAUGGACAGCAACCGCAACGCUAACCACAUACUGGUUAUCCGCACCGUCACCAUUGGAGUCAUCGCAAUUAAAAUGCUGUAGGGUUUAUCGAAUGAGUUCUGAAUUGUCAAGUAAACUGCGCAAGGCCGUAAGCCCUUGUCGUGACUGCUGGCCGAGCCGGGAGCUCGCCGUCACGCGAUCAAUGCGGCGCGCUGCUCAUUAAACAACAAAGCUGGAGUGCGAUCGCUCUCACUUCCAUCUUAAAGGAUGGAAACGACUUUGAGAGCGCGAGCACGGGGAAGGCUGGGUAGGGGAGAGCGAGCUGGAGGGGUACUGAGGAAAUUAAGGGACGAGCCACUAUCGACAGACCCCCAGGGCUGCUGGUUGACGGGGGGAACAAGUUUACCCGCGAAUUGUACGAAUGUGAACAUCCCCUGGGGCCUGUUCACAGGUCCACUGCUCACGACUUGUGACUGACCUUGGCCUUAGCACCAUCGGCCAAGGAUGAUGCAUAGUGGACGGGCUGGGUGGGGAACGCAUUCUGGGCAGUGUUGCUGCUGCUGAGCGGAUGUUGGUUUGUCGGUCCCUCUGCGGGUUUCCUUGUGGUCUGCCAUUUAGAGAAGCACACUUACUGCACACGGUAUCUGAUUCCUGACAAGAGAGCGGAUUUUGGAUGGUGAUAUGUGGCCCUUUGGGUUUACAUUAAAUGUAGAGUUGCUGGACAAUGCAGCGGUAAAGUUAAAGAUUCUAUUCAGAGUAAAGCAUGUUUUGUGAAAUGUCCCAUUUUUGUUGAAAAUUUGCACUUUGAAUAUGUUUUCAGAUUUUAGACUUGCUCAACUGCAACGUUGUGUACCUUUUAAUGCCACUUCUGUAUCGUGUUUUUGCGCUUCCUGUAGUCAACAUGCAAACAAUCAUGCCACUACUGGACAGUGUGCAGACAUUGAACUGAACUUUGACAAGUCUCACACUGCAAUUCUCGAUGACAGAGCUUCUUGCACUAUGUCGAAACCAUAGUCGGCUCUACCUCUGCUCACGGUAGCCUGUCACCUGCUGAUCAUGUACUGGAUGUUGCAGUUCUUUCGCGCCGUACGUAGCCAACUGUGCUAAUCGGAGAUGUGGGAGAAAGACAACAAAAUUAUUUUGAUCAAAUCAAUGCACAAUAUCAGUCUCAUUUCAAACGUAGGAAAUAAUACAAAUGGACAUGUGCUCGGCAAUCACCGCCGCCUCCUGGGAAACGAAUGCUACGCGCCGAGUCACGCCGUGCCGCGCAGGGACAGCUUCCCACGGGGAGACGCGUCGUUACACGAGAGAGAUGCGAAUGCUCAUCCGUUCAUUCGUCAUAAAGUAGUGACGACCACUAAAGUGUCUCGCGCAAAUGUCUCUCGACGUUCUACGGCGUGAUCCUGAGAGACUUGGAGACGCCCUGACCCUCCCAAUGGGAAUGCACGCCGCGUUGUUCGGCUUCAGCACGGCUCGUUGCCCUUGCCCAAGUUGGGGCAACUCUGGUAAAUCCACGUCUCCGUGGUGGGCGCGAGUUUUCACUGUUGACAUCACACCAGGUGGGGUACUGUUUUAUUUUUAAUGAAGGAGUGAUGGGCUCAGUUAACCCCCAACCAAGAUUUUAACUUGCGUUCAUCCCUUUCCUUGCCAAAUAUUCUAACCACUGACCCACUCAGCCAGAUAAUAUACAAGACACUUAUACAGAACAAAACGAUGGUCAGUCGCACGGUGAAAUGAGUAAAUACGCAGACCAGACGCCUCCACAUGAAAAAAAAAUGUUUACACAUCCAAUCAGCCACAACGCCUUCUGGGAGCACAUAGCGGCAUUGGUUCAGCACGAGCAAAAGUCUGUACUGGCUUCAACAUUCAGUUGUCUCAUCAGGCCUGGAUGAAUCCAUGCUGGGGAACAGCCAGAUUUCCAUAGGCAAGGACCCUUAUGUUAGAUACGGAUCCUCGUUUUGACACGCAACUAUACUGCAUGGAAUUUAACAGAAAUAACUCGUGAGGGUUGGUAAUUAUAACUCCAUGGUGAUAUUAGAAAGGCAAGUUGAGACAUUGGGUGGCCCGUAAACAUGAGUUUUGUUGGGAUUAGGAUUCUGGAUCCCAACACCCAUGAACCAAACCCCGUGUCCUUCGGUGAGUCAAGUUGAGGCCUCCGCUGUAGCACCGCCUGGCUCGACACGCUGCGUGUAGCUAUUGCCGCCAUGUGCCGUGCUCAUUCGAUUCAAGCGAAUUGCCUCAUCCUACCCACAAACCCCGCAGUCACCCGUGUUCACGUUCAGGGUGACUGGAGGCUUCCUCAGCUGUUGGCAGCGGGGUUUUCGUAUCGAGCGGUAUUUGCUGCUUUCACGUUUUGCACAAAUGGACAGUCAAAUUUUCUUGAAGAGUUGAUUGAUGGAUCGUUGAUUUCAUAGUUUUGUGAGACUAAUUGUUUCGUAUCCCAACGUUGACCCUGAAAUGUGUGUACAAUAAAAUUGUUACCCAAAUAUAAAAUCACGCAACUUUCAACAUAAGAAACGAUUAAUGUCGCUGUCAUCACAUUCAAUGCUGCUGGAAAUGCAGCGUUGCAUUGUACUUGCCACUGUUGUGUGAGAUUCUGUUGGAGAAUAACUGGCGUGACAAACGUUCCAGAUGUUAAGUAAACAUUUGUUGGGAUGAUACUACGUAGAUAAGACGAACAUUUUAUAUUCAGUUUGGUUUUAUGGGGGUGUCUGGAUACUGGUGAGAGAUUCGCAAUAUAAUCCUUGUUAACUAGGAGUAAUUUUUUUCUGCAAUAAAAUGAUCUGCAAAUA